AUGAGAUUUGCAAGGCCGUUGGUUGUGUUUCUUGUGUGGUUGCCUACUCUGGUGUUGGGCCUGAGAGGAAGUCAAUUGCAAAAGAAGAAGUCCAUCGAAGAAGAUGAACCUCGAAAACAAGAAGAAGACCUGCUUUUGGAAGAUGCGGAACCAUACGAACGCACCCUCAAGGAAAUACGAAAUGAGGGAGCUGACUGUGUGGAGUACGACACGGUUCCAUCGUUCAUUAUUGACCAUCCAUUAACGUCUCAAUUCUGCGGUUCCUUCGAAAGCUGUAGCGGCUGCUGCCGCACGUACAGCUGGCUGUUCUGUGAUCCUCACAACGCCUUUCCAGAGAUUCCCUGUGUCUGUGAGAACAGUUGGCUAAACAGUGCUCAGGGAGAUGAGGACGCGGACGAGGACGACACUGAUGGCAAGGAACCGCUUCAAGUUCUUCUACCCACACCCACGAUGCCACCAACGGCUGCGGAGACAAACGUUUCCUUCAUCCUGGCUGUGGGGGGUGAUAAUGCCGUCGUGAGUUCCAAUGCUACAAAUUCCACGAGCAAUAACGCUACAGACAUUGUAUCCAUGGGAAAUGAAGGGUACUUUACCAUUGAGCUAGAGAACUCCAAUACCACUACCAUGAAUGCCACAAACGCAACCAAUCUCACAGACAGCAGCACCCCGGCAACAACAACAACCACGAGUGUUCCAUCCUCAGUCGCUACUGCCAUUCCGACUUCCUCCGCACCCAUUCCCACCCCUCUACCUGCUGGUGCCAUCUCGCCCGAUGCUUGCAGUGCGGGGUCUGCCAUGGUAGAUACCCUGGGUUUUGAUAGCUUUUUCGAAUGCAAAACAUCGUUGGAUUGUGCCAAUCUCGUCCCGGUGGGACGAUCCGGCAUUGCGGAUGAGAACGGAGUUGCCGCUCGCAAGAAGAAUCGAGAAGACGACGAAGAAGAAGAGGACGAGGAGGAUUUCACGGAUAGCCUGGAAGGCGAUGGCAGCGAGCAACUCAUACUGAAUGCGGAAGCAGCUCCUGUUCAGACAUUUUGUUGCUUGGCCAGCAUGUGUCUCUGUGGAGUCCCGCUGGGAGAUUGGACUGGCAA